AUGGUGCUCCCUCUUGCUAUUAGGCCGGAUUUCAAUUCUUUAUUUAAGUGUUUACUUAGUUCUAGGGCGGAUUCUACUGUGAAGAAAUAUCUUAAGGAAAUAAACAAGUUUUUACUAUGGUGUAGUAAUUGCGCUACAGUUGCCAUUUUCUUCUUCUGUUGUCACCCUUUAUCUAUUUGGCUUAGAUCAACAGCUUAGGUCCCCGGCCGCAAUGGUUUUGGUCCAUGCUGCGCUGAAAUGGUUCCAUUCCUUUGUUCCUGAUGAUGGUCCCAAUAACUUUGGAUAACGCUUGUUGCAAGAACUUGAUUGAGUGCGCCAAGAGGACAAGGCGCAAUCCAGUUCACAAGAAAAAGCCCGCUAUCAUUAGAAGCAUUAUUGACAGAUAUGGCGCUGAGGAAGCAUCUUUAAAGGACUUACGUAUUGCCGCAAUAAGUUCUUUAGGUUUUGCAGGAUUUUUUCGUUUUAACGACUUGGCUAAUAUUCAGCCAAAACACCUCACGCUUUGCGAUGGUUUUGUCAAAAUUUUUGUGCCAAGGAGUAAAACGGAUGUAUAUAGAGAGGGCAAUUAUGUUUAUAUCACUAAGUUAGAGAACAAAUACUGCCCAGUAGCUAUCUUACGUAGGUAUAUUGAAGCAGCCAAUUUGGAUCUGUCUAAUCACUUGCCUUUAUUCAGACCAUUAACGAAGAACAAGUCGGGUUACCUCUUAGGAAUGGCAAGUUAUCCUAUACUCGCUGCAGGGAAAUAUCAAAAUAUUUAA